AUGGCCUCUCUGGGCCGGCCCGCGCUUUCGCCGAACCUCCUGGCUCCCUCCGCCGAGAAAAGGAAGAACCUCUCGCCUGCCUCGAGGCUGGCGCGCCCUUCGGAAAGCGAGCUCAGCGGCAGCCUUGGGGAGGGCAAUCACUUGAAAUCUCUGGAUCUUAAUCAUGUUAUCACACUGCUUGAAGAAACAGAACCAAGUGAUUCAGAAGAACAGCUCCAGGCAUUAAAGGCAGUUGCAAAACACUAUGAACAUGGGAUUCUUCUUAAUGAUUUAACACAAAUCUCUAAAAUUUUAAACCUCUGUGCAGAAAAAAUUCAGCUUUAUGAUGUUUUUAUUGAACCUACCUGUGAAAUUCUUAAGUUGUAUGGGUUACCAUUUUACAAAAAAAAGUUAUCUGAUGAAGUAAACUAUGCAGAUGAAGUUAAAGAAUCCAUCGCACAAUUGGGUUACUUGUUGAGGGUGCCAUAUUCUCAAGUAAGGAUACAAAUCUGUAAAUGCAUCAUUAGUUUUUACCAUGGUGAGCUAUCCAAGAAAGAGUUUGAAGUUUAUCAACCUGUAAGUGCAAACUAUAAAAAACAAAUGGUGGAAAUGGGAGGUUUAGCAGAAACCUUGGUCUUGUCGCUGAUAUUAGUUGAAAAUCAACUUCCUGAGAAAUUAUGGAUAAUUAAAACCCUGCAGCAUCUUUCCAUUUCUGAAGCAAACUGCAAGCUUAUGAUGAAAGCUCAAGCACCAACAAGAUUAUGUUCUCAUCUGAAUGAUGUUGACCCCUCUGGGCAGCUGCUAUUCCGUUCCUCAGAAAUCCUCUGGAACUUAUUAGAAAAAACUUCCAAAGAAGAAAUUAUUAAUCAGCUCAGUAACUUGGAAUGUGUACAUGCUCUGAAGGAAGCAUUUACAAACUUACUUUUACAUGGUUCACGACAUUAUGAUCGUCAGCUAAGAAAUGACAUUUUGGUGAUAGCUACCCUCGUAGCUCAGAACCCUGGAACACCAAUGAUUGAAACUGGCUUUGCCAAGCAGUUAAUACUAUUUGCUACUUUUACUGAAUUGAAAAGUCAUAAUCCUUUGAUAAAAGGCCUCAAGCUCACUUACUCUUAUGAAGAUUUUGAAUUGAAAAAGCUGCUGCUUAACAUGCUUACUGUACUAGUGAAAGAUUUAUGUACAGUGCAGCUGCUGCAUGAGGGUAAAGUUAUGCUGGCUUUGUUUUAUUAUUUAAAACCAAAUGAAAAGCCAGGAGCACUUGACAUGUCUGCAGCACAGUAUGAAGAAUUACAGCUUCAUGCAAUUGCGACCUUAGCUACAAUGGCUCCCUUGUUAAUCGAAGACUACAUGAUGUACCAAGGAAAUACUCACCUUCUCGUGUUUCUAGAAUGGUGUUUGGGUAAUGAUCACUUCUUUGCACAAGGGAAUAGUUUCUAUGGUACAGGUGGGCGUGGCUCCAAACUUGCACAGAUGCGCUACAGUUUACGAGUGCUGAGUCCUGUUGUGUCUCUUUGUGAUGAAGCUGUGAAUCUUGAUCUUUGUGAUCAGGGAGCCAUUUACCAACUGUUGGGUAUCUUAAAUAAUACCACAAACAACUGUAAAGAAUGUGCCAUUGUGAUUGAAAUUCAGAUUGAUAUCUUUCUUAUUCUGUCAACACUUUGCGAAAAUGAUCUUCAUAGAAAGGAACUCUUUGGAUGGGAAGGAGUAGAUACACUUAUUCCAUUUCUGAAGAUGAAUGCAAAGAAAUUCUACAGUGGAUUGGGCCAUAAUCGUCUCCUUUUUAGUGCUCUGGACUGCUUAUGGAGCUGCAUCAUGGGCUGUACCAUUUUAGAGGACUAUUUCCUUGAAAGGGAAGGUCUCUUUACUCUCCUGGAUCUGCUCAUGUUAAAUCAAAAGAAUGUAUGCAAUCUAAUUCUUGGAAUAUUAGUUGAAUUUUGUGACAACCCUAAAGCAGCUUCUCAUAUCAAUACCUGGCGAGGGAAAAAAGACCAAACAGCAGCUAAUCUAUUAAUAAGUUUGUGGAGACAGGAAGAGGAAGAGAUGGGAGUGAAGCAUGACAAAGCUGGGAGAAUUAUUGAUACAAAGAAGCCAUUAGUUGGCCAGUUCCAAAAAACCCAAGAAGUUAUUCCAGUGCCUGCCAGUUGUCCCACUAUUGCUGUCAUGGACGUUGCUGAAAACAUGAGAGCAAAGAUUUAUUGUAUAAUAUGCAAACUAGGCUUUGAGAAUUUGCCUGGUCUCUCUGCGAAGGAUUUUGUUACACUUGCUAUUAUACGUAGAUAUCUUGACUUUAAGGUUGGUGAAAUCUGGGGUGAAAUGUGUGCUGAACUUAAAAAAGAGCAAUUCAGACCAGUCACUCCUGACCAGGAAGCUUUGCAAGUUAUUACUGAAGCAUUUGAAAAUGUUGGCAAGAUGGUUGUCUCCCUCCAAACUGAAAUGCUAGAAAGCCAGCAAUACCAGGAGAUUCAGGAGGAAGAAAAAAGCUAUGCCAAAAUUCAGUCUCUUCAUAAACAAAAGGAAAUGGUCAGUAAGUCCUGGGAGAAUUUCUUAACCCGGACUUCAAAUUAUGAGGCUUUAAAGAAGGCAAAAAGGCUUCAGGAAAAAUCCAUUGAAAAUUCUAAAUCAAAGAUAAAACAACAUAACGCUACUUUCCAUCCAACUGACAUUAAAGGCCUAAAUACAACUAUUGCAUCUGGUCACCUAGUAACAGUGGAAAGUACACCUUCUGAAUUGACUGGAGGGCCACUAGCAGAUACAGAUCUUGCACUCAAAAGACUUCCUAUUCGCGGAGGAGCAUUAAAAAGAAUCAAAGGAGUUAAAGUGAUGGAUUCAUUCAAGAAAGGUUCAGUAUCUGUAAAAUAAAUAUUGACCACUACUGUUUUAGACAAUUGUUCAUAUCUUAGUUAAUUUAUAUGCAUAUUUCAAGUACCUGUUGUAUCACUCUGGUAAAAGACAGUUGUUUUUGCUUAAGAAAUAAUGUUUACAUCAUGUUGCUAAUGAAUAAAUUCAGUGCAUUAGAAAAAUCAA